AUGUCCCUCGUGGGCAACUUUGCCUUCGGCAACUAUGACCGCACAGCAGAGAACUCUGGUGCUGGCAAUGCCGCUACUGGAUUCAUUCGACGCUCCAGCGUGACAGACCAAGAUCCCGAGGGAGCGAUGCAUUCGACAGAACGAAGGCCCAGCUUCGCCAAGUUUGGAGGACGAAGACGAUCCUCCGCCAGCACAGCACAGCGACCUGGUGUCGGCCGGAAACCCUCAGAACACAUCCAAAGUGGCGACCCGACGUACGAACGCAAUGUGGACCAACGAGAUGUCGAAAAGCAAGGUCUCGAACCCUACGAGGACGCUACCCCGGAGAAGAAGUUUGAAUCAGACGAGGAGUCGCAAACCAAGUCAGAUCGCCAAAUCGCCACUCUUGCACGAUCCUUGACCCAGCAAUCGACGUGGAGCGCAGUACCGUCGAAUCCUUUCACAGCAGAAGAAGGAUCCGAGCUGGAUCCCAGCUCGGACAAGUUCAGAGCAAGGACAUGGGUGAAGAGUAUGAUCAAGAUGAACAAGGAGGACGGUACAACACCUUCGAGAACCGGCGGUGUUGCAUUCCGCGGCCUCAGUGCACAUGGUUUCGGUGCAGCAACCGAUUACCAGAAGGAUGUCGGCAACGUCUGGCUUGAGGCAUUUGGUCUUGUCAAGAAAGCACUGGGCAUGGCGAAGCCAAGGAGAAUCGACAUUCUGCGCGACUUCGAUGGCCUCGUCGAAAGCGGAGAGAUGUUGGUAGUUCUGGGCCCGCCUGGAUCUGGUUGUUCCACUUUCCUCAAGACCAUCACUGGAGAGAUCCAUGGAUUUGAGGUUGACGAGAAGUCACAUCUCAACUACCAGGGUAUCCCAGCGAAGCACAUGCACAAGUACUUCCGGGGUGAAGCGAUCUACACUGCCGAAGUCGACGUGCACUUUCCCAUGCUGACUGUCGGCGAUACCCUGACGUUCGCUGCACGAGCACGAGCACCGAGAACACCUCCCGGUGGAGUGAGCAAGCACCACUGGGCUGAGCAUCUACGAGAUGUGGUCAUGGCUACAUUCGGUAUCAGUCACACUAUCAACACGCGAGUCGGAAACGACUUCGUACGUGGUGUCUCUGGUGGUGAGAGAAAGCGUGUCUCCAUCGCCGAAGCAGCACUUAGCGGUGCACCGAUCCAGGCAUGGGACAACUCUACUCGUGGUCUCGACUCUGCCAACGCCAUCGAAUUCUGUAAGACUGUCCGCUUAAGUGCCGAGCUUGCAGGAUGCUGUGCGCUUGUCGCAAUCUACCAGGCACCACAGCAAGCAUACGAGCAGUUCGACAAGGCGAUCGUGCUGUAUGAGGGUCGUCAAAUCUUCUUCGGCCGAACAGACGAGGCUCGUGCUUAUUUCGAGGAGAUGGGUUUCGUAUGCCCAGGUCGACAAACUACUGCCGACUUCCUCACCUCCAUGACAUCCUCGCAGGAGCGUGUCGUCCGCCAGGGCUACGAAGACAAAGUGCCACGCACACCGGACGAAUUCGCGGCACGAUGGAAGAACAGCCCAGAGCGGAAGCAACUGAUCCAGGACAUCGAGGCCUACGACAAGCGGUAUCCCUUCGAAGGCGAGGCCUACCAGCAAUUCGUCGCCAGCCGAAAGGCACAGCAAGGCAAGGGUCAGCGGCUGAAGUCGCCAUACACGCUUUCCUACGUACAGCAGGUCCAACUAUGUCUCUGGCGUGGCUUCCGCCGUCUGGUUGGAGAUCCAGAACUCACUUACACACAACUCUUCGGCAACUUCGCAAUGGCUCUCAUCCUCGGCUCCGUCUUCUUCAACCUCCAGAAUGACACCAACUCGUUCUUCCAACGCGGUGCGGUACUCUUCUUCGCUGUCUUGAUCAACGCCUUCGGUUCCGCAUUGGAGAUUCUCACACUUUACGCCCAGCGACCCAUCGUCGAGAAGCACUCCCGCUAUGCGCUGUAUCAUCCAUCUGCAGAAGCUUUCGCAUCUAUGCUGACGGACAUGCCGUACAAGAUCGCCAACGCCAUCAUCUUCAACAUCACGCUGUACUUCAUGGUCAACCUUCGCCGUGAGCCCGGAGUAUUCUUCUUCUUCCUGUUCGUCAGUUUCCUGACUACCUUGACGAUGAGUAUGUUCUUUCGGACCAUCGCCGCUACGUCGAGAACCCUGUCGCAAGCCAUGGCGCCCGCAGCAAUCCUCAUUCUGGCUAUCGUGAUCUUUACCGGUUUCGCCAUCCCGACAGAUUACAUGCUCGGCUGGUGCAGGUGGAUCAACUACCUCGACCCAGUUGCAUAUGGAUUCGAGUCACUAAUGAUCAACGAAUUUUCUGGCCAGGACUACGAAUGCAGUGCACGUGUACCAACCUAUGGCACGCUGGACAACCAGUCUCAGGUGUGCUCGGCUGUUGGAUCGCAGGCAGGAUUGUCUUACGUGGAGGGCACCAACUACAUUGAGUCUGCAUACAGCUACUACCCAGGUCACAAGUGGAGGAACGUCGGUAUCAUCAUCGCAUUCAUGAUCUUCCUCAUGUGCACAUACCUCGCCGCUACGGAGUUCAUCAGCGCCAAGAAGUCCAAGGGUGAAGUCCUUCUCUUCCAGAAAGGCCACAUCCCACGUGCCCUCAAGGAGAAGAAGAAUGACGAGGAGACUGCCGAUGCUGGUCGCAACGAUUCGAAUGCUCUCGAGAAGCAACAAAGCUACACCGAGGCUACCGACAUCAUCCUUAAGCAGACUGCCAUAUUCAGCUGGAAGGAUGUCUGCUACGACAUCAAGAUCAAGAGUGAGGAGCGUCGCAUUUUGGAUCACGUCGACGGCUGGGUCAAACCAGGCACUUUGACAGCACUCAUGGGUGUUUCUGGUGCCGGUAAGACGACACUUUUGGACGUGCUGGCUACUCGCGUCACCAUGGGUGUCAUUUCUGGCGACAUGCUCGUUGAUGGCCGCCAACGUGAUUCCUCGUUCCAGCGAAAGACCGGAUAUGUGCAACAACAGGAUCUGCAUCUUCAGACUUCGACUGUUCGUGAGGCGUUGAACUUCAGCGCACUGCUGCGUCAGCCCAAGUCUACACCCAAGGCCGCAAAGCUCGAAUACGUCAACGAAGUAAUCAAGCUCCUGGACAUGGAGGAAUACGCCGAUGCAGUUGUCGGUGUGCCCGGUGAAGGUCUCAACGUCGAGCAGCGAAAGCGUCUCACCAUUGGUGUUGAGCUUGCGGCCAAGCCAGAAUUGCUUCUGUUCCUUGACGAGCCAACAUCCGGUCUCGACUCUCAAACAUCUUGGGCCAUUUGCGAUCUGAUGGAGAAGCUCAAGAACUCCGGUCAAGCAAUUCUGUGCACUAUUCACCAGCCUUCGGCCAUGUUGUUCCAACGCUUCGACCGCUUGCUCUUCCUUGCGAAGGGUGGUCGCACCGUCUACUUUGGCGACGUUGGCGAGAACUCGCACAUCCUGUCCGCUUACUUCGAGCGCAAUGGUGGACACAAGUGUCCUGCUGAUGCCAACCCAGCAGAGUGGAUGCUUGAAGUCAUUGGCGCUGCGCCCGGUACCACCACCGACAUCGACUGGCACCAAGUGUGGCGCAACAGCCCAGAGUACAGAGAAGUCCAGGAACACCUAGCUUACCUCGCAAGCGAGCGACCCAAGCAGACCGAGCCAUCUUCGAACGAGAACGACGCCGAAAGCUACCGCGAAUUCGCCGCACCAUUCGGCGAGCAACUCAUGCAAGUCACGAUCCGUGUCUUCCAACAAUACUGGCGAACACCCUCCUACAUCUACUCGAAGACCGCGCUCUGUCUCUUCUCGGCCCUCUUCAUCGGCUUCAUCUUCUACAACGCACCAGUCACGCACCAAGGUCUCCAGAACCAAAUGUUCUCAAUCUUCAUGACUUUCACCAUCUUCGGCCAGCUCGUCCAGCAGAUAAUGCCGCACUUCGUUACGCAACGUGCACUCUACGAGGUUCGUGAGCGACCGUCGAAGACGUACAGCUGGCAGUCGUUCAUGAUCAGCAACAUUGCGGUUGAACUGCCGUGGAAUGCGCUCAUGGCGGUAAUUAUGUUCUUCUGCUACUACUACCCUGUCGGCCUCUACAACAAUGCAGCCUCGACUGGCGCCACACAUGAGCGAGGAGCGCUGUUCUUCCUCUUCAUGCUGGAGUUCCUGCUCUUCACCUCCUCAUUCACGAACAUGAUCAUCGCCGGCAUGGACAGUGCGGAGACAGGUGGUAACAUCGCCAACUUGAUGUUCACCCUCUGCCUCAUCUUCUGUGGUGUCCUCGCGACACCAGAGAGUCUGCCUGGGUUCUGGAUCUUCAUGUACCGCAUCUCCCCCUUCACCUACCUCGUCGGCGGCUUCCUCGCCACCGGCAUCGCCAACACCGCCGUCACCUGCGCCGACAACGAAUUCCUCACCUUCCAACCCGGCCAAGCUGGCCAGACUUGCAUCGACUACAUGCGAGACUACAUCGCCGACUUCGGCGGGUACUUGCAGAAUGACCAGGCCACUUCCGACUGCCAAUAUUGUAGUUAUGAUGACUCGAACGUCUUCCUCCAGAGCGUGAACAUCGAUUAUGCGGAUAGGUGGAGGAACUUUGGGAUUCUGUGGGCGUUUAUUAUCUUCAAUAUUUUUGCGGCUGUGUUCUUUUACUGGCUGGUUAGGGUGCCGAAGAAGGCGGGUAGGGGGAAGAAGGAGAAGAAGGCGUGA